AUGACAAUAGCAGAGCUAAAAAAUCAUGUAUUUGAAGCACUUAAGGUUCCUGUUAAAGAUCAAAGAUUAUUGCUUACCGGUCGUCCUUUAUGUGAUGAAAAAACAUUAGUUGAUUAUCCACAAAUAAAGGACGGUACCAGAUUGAACUUAAUUGUUAAACAGCAAAUCAUUAAAACUGACGAAUUAGAAGAAAUGAUCACUAAGCACGUACGAGAACAUUAUAGCUCAGAAGAUACGGUCAAGGUAUUAAAAGAAUUCAUGAAGGAAUUUGACCGUUCUCUUACACAGUUCAGCUUAGAUGACUACGAGCGUAUGGCCGAAUCAUUGUUGACCAAUGAUGAACAACAGAAGAGUCAAUAA